AUGGACAGUGUUUCCUCAGGCUCUUCUCUGCAGUUCCUUGCCAAACUACUUCAGGAUGCUAAGGAAGACGAUGAUGAUGAUGAUGAUGAAUGUCUCCCACACUGUUCUGUUAGCGCCAUGACUCCUGGUAGUAUUGGACCAGUAAAGAAAGAGACUACAGGUACUUUUCAAGUGAAAUCUGAAAACAGGAAAACUAUUUGGAAUACAGAGGAAGUUCCAGAAGGAUCUGAAUUUGAUGAUACCUGGGACCCUAGAGAACAGCCAGAGUAUCAGGUUUUAUUCAAACAGUGUGUGGGAACAGAGGAUGUCUUCUUUGGGAUGAGCGGGAAAGACCCCUCCACAGCCUGCUGUGAAGAUCUGGUGAUUAAAAUCAAGCUGCCAGAGACAAAGUCCACAGAGAUCACAUUAGAUAUUCAGGACAAGGUUCUUGACCUUCGAACUCCCAAAAAGAAGCUGCUGCUGCACCUCCCCUACACUGUUGACAGCAAGAAUGGUAAAGCUCUUUUUCUCUCUGAAGAGGAGACCUUGGAAGUCACCUUGAGAGUAUCAAGGAAGUUUGAUUUCAUAAAUUUUGUCUGA